UCACAAUAUAAAGCAACGAGUACACAGUACACACACUCAACAGUACCAACAUUUGCAGGCCAAUACACAAAAAUGGAAUCAAGCAGCAGAACAAAUUGAUGAUAACCCCUUUAACCCAAAAUCAAAUUAGGGCAACAAAUUGUUCUCAUUUCCCAAUUUCCCAAUGGCCGCAGUCGGCGCCGGCACUCUCAGGUUAGGAGGAGUUGAGCUCAACCCCUUCAGAUCAAACCCACGCUCUUCAUUUCUCGGCAAGAAGCUCAAUUUCAGGGCAGUAGCCCGCCGGAAAAUAUCCAGUUCAAGCCCCCAAAACCUCGUGAUUCUCGCGUCGGGCGGCGAGGUUUUCAGCUUCGUCCAUGAUUUAUUCCUGGGCGUUGGCGUCGGGCUCCCUUGUACGGUCAUGGAGUGUGGCGACAUCAUAUACAGAAGCACGCUCCCGAGGUCUGACGGGAUUACGCUGACUGUGCCCGGCGUGGUUUUGGCUAUGGGCGCUCUUUCGUACCUGUGGGCUACCCCUGGUGUGGCGCCUGGGUUCUUUGAUAUGUUUGUUCUCGCCUUUGUUGAGAGGCUCUUUAGGCCUACUUACAAAAAGGAUGACAUUGUGCUGGGGAAGAAGUUGGGUGAGGGCUCGUUUGGAGUGGUUUAUCGGGCCUCCUUGACCAAAAAGCCUUCCUCUAGAGAUGGGGACAUAGUUUUGAAAAAAGCGACCGAGUAUGGGGCAGUGGAGAUAUGGAUGAACGAGCGUGUCCGGAGGGCAUGCGCAAAUAGCUGUGCCGAUUUUAUGUAUGGAUUUCUUGAGAGUUCUGCAAAGAAAGGAGCCGAAUAUUGGCUAAUAUGGAAGUUCGAAGGAGAAGCCACACUAGCUGAUUUGUUGCAGAGCAAAGAAUUUCCUUACAAUGUAGAGGCAAUGAUUCUUGGAGAGGUCCAGGACCUGCCAAAGGGGAUAGAGAGAGAAAAUAAAAUCAUACAGACAGUUAUGCGACAGCUCUUAUUUGCAUUAGAUGGUCUGCACUCGACUGGGAUCGUUCAUAGGGAUAUUAAGCCCCAAAACAUUAUUUUCUCUGAAGGUUCCCGUACGUUUAAAAUUAUUGAUCUUGGAGCUGCUGCUGAUUUGAGAGUUGGCAUCAAUUACAUUCCCAAAGAAUUUCUAUUGGAUCCUAGAUAUGCUGCACCUGAACAAUACAUAAUGAGCACUCAAACUCCGUCUGCUCCAUCAGCUCCCGUUGCAACUGCACUUUCCCCUGUCCUUUGGCAGUUGAAUCUUCCCGACAGAUUCGACAUCUACAGUGCUGGCCUCAUAUUUCUACAAAUGGCAUUCCCUGCAUUACGUACAGACAGUGCGCUUAUACAGUUCAACCGUCAACUCAAAAGAUGCGAUUAUGACUUAACCGAGUGGAGAAAAACUGUGGGCCCACGGGCCAGCAGUGAUCUCAGGCGAGGAUUUGAGUUGCUGGAUUUGGAUGGGGGCAUAGGCUGGGAGCUCUUGCAGUCCAUGGUCCGGUACAAGGCCCGUCAGAGGCCCAGCGCUAAAGCGGCCCUAGCCCACCCCUUUUUUGAUAAAGAAGGCCUGCUGGCUUUGUCCUUCAUGCAAAGCCUAAGGCUGCAGCUUUUUCGGGCCACACAGCAGGAUUAUAGUGAGGCAGCCAAGUGGAUCAUUCAGCUUAUGGCUAAAUCAGGAACUCAGAGAGAUGGUGGAUUUACGGAGGCUCAGUUGCAGGAAUUGAAGGAAAUCGAGCCGAAGAAAGAGUCGAGCGCACAGAGGAACGCACUUGCAUCGGCUCUUCGUGUGCAAAGGAAGAUUAUCCGAACUAUAAACGAGAGUGUGGACGAGCUCAACCGGCGUCGAAAGAGCUUAUGGUGGAGCAGGUGGAUCCCUAGGGAGGAAUAAAUAACUUUUGUAAAUAUAUAAAUAAUUACAUUUGGACCAUUUAAUUUUAUUGUAAAUGUUGUGAAGUCAUCAGUUUUCAUCUCGGAGUCUUGAUUAAGUAUUUGAUAGAAAACAUAUUGCUAAAAUGCAUUUAAUAGAUUUGUAUCAAGAAUUACUGUGUGUGUUUAUGCAAUUUAAAAUGGAGAGUUUUAGAUAGGGCCUGUGGUCUCUGGCACUCUGCUAUCUGUUGUCUGACAAAAUGGCGUCUUUUGCGAUG